CUGCGGCUCACCUGGCGCUGCAGGUGGAGAGCGCGAGGGCACACCAUCUAGGCUGCUACCGCGUCACCACACUUUCCCCUUCUCUCCAGAUUGCCUGUGGUCUCCCCCGGGGGACAGUUGGGUAGGUGAGAGCAAGUUUGGGGCAAGGGAGAGAUUUGGGUUAAAGGGCAUCAUGCGCUGGGGUGCCCCGGGUCGUGGCCACCUCCGCGAACCCGGAGAACCUACUGUCUCUGCAGCUUUAAGGAAGCUGCCGAGUCCAGGCUGUGUCGCAGCAACUUUGUAUCAGUCAUGUCGCCCGCCUGGUGACUGACAGCCCCGAUUGCCCAAUGAGAAGCACGCCUGGCCCGCACAGCGCGGAGCCUUGUUUCCCCCUUGGCCAAUGGGAAUGGCUCCGGCGGGCGGGACAGCGACCUGAACUUUCUGGACAUGUGACCCGCUUCCAGCUGGUCCACUCCCCCUCCGGGCUUUCGCCCGCUCCCUCCCGCGGGUUCCCUCCCUCUUCUGCCCGCCCUGGCCCUGCCCCUGACCCCUCCCCUUAGCUCCUGCGCACCCAGGGUGUCAUUGGGCCCGGGAGAAGAGAGCCAACUUCAGGCUGCUCAGAGGAAGCCCGUGCAAGUCACCUGGGCGCCAGCGCUGCUGCCUCCGGCUCUCCCGCUGCAGGGGAGAGCGGCACUCGCUGGCCUGGAUGUGGUUGGAUGUAGGGGGGCUCCGCAACAGGGGUGUCGUGGCUGUGGCAAGCGCUGCAACAGGUAGAAGGCGAGAAGACGACCCCGGCCGAGGCAGUGUAUAAAGGAGCUUUAUUAUGGGAGCGAGCUUAACAGCAAGGAAACCAGCCACGCUCCUGCGUAGAAGUGGAUCCCAAGGAGAGGUUGCCCAGCUAUGGAAACCAAAGGCUACCACAGUCUCCCUGAAGGUCUAGAUAUGGAAGGACGCUGGAGUCAAGUUUCUCAGACGGUGGAGCGUUCUUCUCUUGGACCUGCGGAAAGGACCGAUGAGGACAACUACAUGGAGAUUGUCAACGUCGGCUGUGUUUCCGGUGCUAUUCCAAACAACAGUACUCAAGGAAGCAGCAAGGAAAAACACGAACUACUCCCAUGCCUUCAGCAAGACAGUAGUCGGUCUGGGAUUUUACCAUCUGAUAUUAAAACCGAGCUGGAAUCCAAGGAACUUUCAGCCACUGUGGCUGAGUCCAUGGGCUUAUACAUGGAUUCUGUGAGAGAUGCCGACUACCCCUACGAUCAGCAGAACCAACAAGGAAGCAUGAGCCCAGCAAAGAUUUACCAAAACAUGGAGCACCUGGUGAAGUUUUACAAAGAGAAUGGCCAUCGGCCCUCCACGUUAAGUGGUAUGAGCAGGCCCUUGAGGUCAUUCAUGCCCGACUCCGGAGGCUCCGUGAAUGGUGGGGUCAUGCGUGCCAUUGUUAAGAGCCCAAUCAUCUGUCAUGAGAAGAGCCCCUCUGUUUGCAGCCCGCUGAACAUGCCAUCUUCGGUAUGCAGCCCUGCGGGCCUCAACUCCAUGUCCUCCUCCACAGCCAGCUUUGGCGGUUUCCCAGUGCACAGCCCCAUCACUCAAGGAACCCCUCUGACAUGCUCCCCCAAUGUUGAAAACCGAGGCUCGCGGUCGCACAGCCCCGCACAUGCUAGCAACGUGGGCUCCCCUCUUUCAAGUCCACUAAGCAGCAUGAAAUCCCCGAUUUCCAGCCCCCCGAGUCACUGCAGUGUAAAAUCUCCAGUCUCCAGUCCCAAUAAUGUCACCCUGCGCUCCUCUGUGUCCAGCCCGGCAAAUCUUAACAACUCAAGGUGCUCCGUUUCCAGCCCUUCCAACACCAACAACAGAUCCACACUCUCCAGCCCGACAGCCAGCACUGUGGGGUCCAUCUGCAGCCCGAUCAGCAAUGCCUUCAGCUACACCACUUCAGGCGCUGUUGCUGGAGCCAGUGCCAUCCGGGAUGCGGUUCCCAGUCCAGACACCCAUGAGAAAGGUGCUCAUGAUGUUCCUUUCCCUAAGACAGAGGAAGUCGAGAAGGCCAUCUCCAAUGGUGUGACUGGCCAGCUCAACAUUGUCCAGUACAUAAAACCAGAACCAGAUGGGGCUUUCAGCAGCUCCUGCCUAGGAGGAAACAGCAAAAUCAACCCCAGUUCUCCAUUCUCUGUACCAAUAAAGCAAGAAUCAGCCAAGCACUCAUGCUCAGGCGCCUCUUUUAAAGGGAACCCCGCAGUCAACCCAUUUCCAUUCAUGGAUGGCUCGUAUUUUUCCUUUAUGGAUGAUAAAGACUAUUAUUCCCUAUCAGGAAUUUUAGGACCACCUGUGCCCGGUUUUGAUGGUAGCUGUGAAGGCAGUGCAUUCCCACUGGGGAUUAAGCAAGAACCAGAUGAUGGGAGCUAUUAUCCCGAGGCCAGCAUCCCAUCGUCUGCCAUUGUCGGUGUGAAUUCGGGUGGACAGUCCUUUCACUACCGGAUUGGUGCUCAAGGUACAAUAUCUUUAUCACGGUCACCUAGAGACCAAUCUUUCCAACACUUGAGUUCCUUUCCACCCGUCAAUACAUUAGUGGAGUCAUGGAAACCACACGGUGACCUGUCAUCUAGGAGAAGUGAUGGAUAUCCAGUCCUAGAGUACAUUCCAGAAAAUGUGUCAAACUCAACUUUACGAAGUGUUUCUACUGGAUCCUCAAGACCUUCCAAAAUCUGCUUGGUGUGUGGGGAUGAGGCCUCUGGAUGUCACUACGGGGUAGUGACCUGUGGCAGCUGCAAAGUCUUCUUCAAAAGAGCCGUGGAAGGUAAAUGUUCAUGUGGGUGUUCCCUUUAUGCAUUCCUCUUUGAGUGUUCUUUGCUUGCACAGUCCACUUCGCAGUAUUACUGAGAAACUCAUGCAGAAUGUUUUUGAUGUAAUCUCUUAAUGAAUAGUAAUGAUAACUUAUCUUAAAAACUACCAGAGAUUUUUUUCCACUGAGCGGCAUUUACUAAGAGCUGUUGAAGUCACCAGCAGAGCUUGUUGGUCUGAAACAAGAAUUCUGGGUCAGUGUGCAUUCGAUCUGCAUGUUGUAGAGGAGUGUUUUUCAGUAGUCACACAGAAUUCUUAUUCUCCCUCUCCUUGGUAUUUCUCUGCAAAUAUAUGCAUUUGUGCAAAUUAAAACAUUAAUAUAGGAUGCAGGCUCAGAUUUAAAUCAUGUGUUGUUCAAUUAUUCAAACUCCAAGUUCCCUCUUUCAUCCUUUAUUCUUGCUGAAGGUUUCUGUGUGAAUACCAUAAAUGAAAAGUUUGCCUGGGGUUGAACGUGUAUGUGUAGACUAGCUUUGGCUUCCAUCCAGGUAAACAAGUACUUCUUAAGUCAAUAUGGCUACUUCUUCCCUUUACCCUCACUGGCAAGCAGUUAAUUAACAUCAGACUUAGGCCAGAUAGUUUUAUUAAUGUUGAAAAUUGUGUGAAUGUGGAGAGUUCUCACUCUUACUGGAAGAAUUAUUUUGUCAUUGACAUUUAUGCAUCUAAGAAGCUCCACAUGAAGACCCUGUAAGGUUAAAUUCUCAGGGAAAUUUGAGGAGAGAUAAGCUGGUGCCAUGGGGACUUGGAAAAGCAAUAUCCAUGGUUCACCUUUUUUUUUCUGCCAGAGAUCACAGUCAUAUUCUCAGUUCUGCAGUGUGAAGUUACUUGACUCCUAGGUUGAUUUUACAUUAUUUGAUUGAUACUUUUUUUCCCAUACAGUUAUGGGAUUGAACCCAGGAUCUCAUGCAUGUAGGCAAGUGUUCUACACUGAGCCACACCCCAGCUGAUUUACAUUCUCAAUUAUCUAAUAGUCCCAGAGUGCAGCAUGGAGUUAGUAAUAGGAGUCGAGUCGUUCUCUCUCAGUAGAUGGAUUCUUGUUACAAAUAACAGACACUUCAUCUCAAACUGAUUGGAGCCCAGAGGAAACUCUUUGGCCCUUAUGCUGGAAAAGUCCUAGCACACAGACUUCAUUUGUGUGAGCCGCAGUCCUAUGCCAGGCUGUUCGAACUCCCUUGGCCAUUGGGUUUGUUCUGGCUCUAGCCUGCCCAUUAUCUCUUGGCCUAGAGACAGGGCGACCAGGCCUCCAUUUAAGGCAGGUGGUUUGUUCCUGGUGUUUCCUAUCAAGGUCCCCACAGAGCUGCCUCAAAGUGAAUGUGGCUCAUCUUGCCACUCUCCUCACCAUGAGGGAUGCAGAACCAGACAACCUGAGCUCCAAGACUCAGAGUUUGACAAGGGUGCUGCCCUGAGAGAAGGUAGAGUCUGGUACCAGAAGGAAGUUGAUUUUCAGAAGAUGAAAAAAAAAAUAGAUUUUUCACAAUACCAGAGGUAUCAAUCUGGUUUUCUUUCCCUCGCACACGAUUGGCUCAGUGUAAGAUAAAUAGGUAAAUCGACUGCUGGCUCCUUCCUAAUUACUCUCGGCCCCUUCCGCCCCAGACCUCCUCUUCCUCUUCUCCCUAAUUAGUAACUAAGUAAGUGACACUGAAAACAAGACUUAGGGGAGAAGAGCAGGGUGGAG